GGUUGUCAUGCGAAGAAAUUAAUCACUAAUUAAUAAAAUCGAAUUUGUAUACAUCAACAAUAUAAUUUUUAUCAUCUCAAAAAAAAAAAAAAAACAAUAUAAUUUUUAUUUUACAUCUAAUCAAAUUAGUUUAUUAUAAUACAAAUAGCAAGUUUUUAAAUUAAGAAGUAAAUUAUCUUUCCAAAAUAUCAAUUUAAUGUGUUAACCUCGAUUGAAAUAAAUAAAUCUCUAACCAUAAAAAAGUUGAGCACACGAGAAGGUUGAAAUUACGUGAAGAAAAAGAAAUGGUGUUUGAAAAGUGGGUUUGAACUGUAGUUAAAAGGGACACUACAGGUAGCAGUUUGUCCAUAUAUAUAUAUAUAGUCACGAGUUCUAACUUCUUACUCUUCUUGCUCAUAAUGGCUUCUGUUGACAACGACGACAUUCUUGAGUUGGAACAACCCCUUCUUCAGGAUGAAAGUAGCAAACAAUACACAGGAGAUGGUUCAGUUGAUUAUAGACGGAGGCCUGCUAUUAAGAACAAUACUGGCAAUUGGAGAGCAUGUCCAUUUAUUCUAGGCAAUGAAUGUUGUGAACGUUUGGCUUUCUUUGGCAUUGCAACAAACCUUGUUACCUAUCUUACCACCAAACUGCAUGAAGGAAAUGCCUCUGCUGCAAGAAAUGUCAGCAUCUGGCAAGGAACUUGUUAUCUUACACCUCUCAUUGGAGCCGUCCUGGCAGAUGGUUACUGGGGACGAUACUGGACAAUUGCCAUUUUCUCUAUCAUUUAUUUUGUUGGGUUGUGUAUCUUGACUCUUUCUGCAUCUGUUCCAUUGUUGAAGCCAGCUGAGUGUUUGAGUUCGAUAUGUCCUCCGGCUAGUCCUAUGCAAUAUUAUGUGUUCUACCUUGGUCUUUAUGUAAUUGCACUAGGAACUGGUGGUGUAAAAGCAUGUGUUCCACCUUUUGGGGCAGAUCAGUUUGAUGAUACUGAUUCCAAAGAAAGGGCUAAGAAGGCUUCCUUUUUCAACUGGUAUUACUUUUCUAUCGACCUAGGUGCCAUUGCUUCAUGCACCUUUAUUGUGUGGGUUCAAGAUAAUGCAGGAUGGGGUCUUGGAUUUGGCAUUCCUACUUUAUUUAUGGGGUUAUCAGUUGGAAGUUUCUUUUUAGGCACCUAUCUCUAUAGGUUUCAAAAACCAAUGGGAAGCCCUAUUACAAGAAUGUGCCAGGUUGUGUUAGCAUCUGUCCGGAAGCAGAAUCUGGUUGUGCCCAAGGAUAGUAGUCUCCUGUAUGAAAGGCCUGACAAUGAAUCUGGAUUUGAGAGAAGUCGCAAACUGAUACACCGUGAUGAUCUCAGGUAUUUUGAUAGAGCAGCUGUAGUGUCUGCUUCAGAAAACAGAAGUGGUGACUAUUCUAAUCCAUGGAGGCUUUGCACCGUGACACAGGUGGAGGAAUUGAAAAUCUUGAUUCGCAUGUUUCCAAUUUGGGCUACUGGCAUCAUUUUUUCUUCUGUCUACGCCCAGAUGUCAACAUUGUUUGUAGAGCAAGGAACUAUGAUGGAUACGAGUAUUGGUUCCUUCAAAUUAUCCCCAGCUUCCCUCUCAACCUUUGACGUGGCAAGUGUUGUUUUGUGGGUUCCCGUCUAUGACAGGAUACUUGUUCCCAUUGCAAAGAAACUUACAGGCAAGAAAAGGGGCAUUUCUGUGUUUCAAAGAAUAGGAAUUGGCCAUUUUAUUUCUGGGAUGUGCAUGUUAGCAGCUGCUGCUGUGGAGAUUAAGCGUAUGCAGCUUGCAAGAGAAUUUGACCUUGUUGAUAAACCUGUCGCUGUACCCCUUAGUGUGUUAUGGCAACUACCUCAAUAUUUCUUAUUAGGCGCGUCAGAGGUAUUCACAUUCAUAGGGCAGCUUGAGUUCUUCUAUAACGAAUCACCAGAUGCUAUGCGAACUUUAUGUGGUGCACUGCCGCUCCUUAGUUUUUCAUUGGGGAAUUACUUGAGCUCUUUCAUUCUUACUAUAGUAACUUACUUCACAACACAAGGAGGAAGGCCUGGAUGGAUUCCAGAUAACUUGAACAGUGGACAUCUUGAUUACUUUUUUCUGAUUAUAUCUGGACUUAGCUUAUUAAAUAUGUUGGUGUUUAUAACUGCAGCCAAAAUGUACAAGCAGAAGAAGGUUUCUUAAGAUUUUUCAUGCAUUUAUUGCUCUCAGGAGUGGAAGCAUGUGCUUAUAUUUCCUUCUUUCAUUGUGCAUAUUGCUCUGUUUGUUAAAUACAUAUGCUAAUCAGGAAUGGAAUUUGGUAAGGUGGAUACUGUAGGUUUUUGGAGAGACCGAGUUUUGGAAUGGAACUUUUCAAGUUACUAUGUUGUACAUAACUAUACUAGAAUUUCAGCUGAACCACUGGUAUUGAAAGGCAGAUUAGUUUGAAUAAAAUCAGCUUAUAAGCUCAUUCAAAGGAACAAUGAUCAGGCAAACAGGAAGUUAUUCAACAACUUACGGUUUAGUUUAGCUCCUAAAAAACUCAAUGCUUUUGGUUGGAAAGUAAUCAUUGAGAAGAGAAGUCUUUGCUCAAAAUGAUCAACUCAUGUGUGUUCUGUAAGAGCGGUGUUGAAUCCACAGAUCAUUUACUUUUUACUUGUAUAGUGUCAUUGCAUUUGCAUUUGUUGGUGUAAACAUGAUUACGCCACCAAAUGGCAGAACUCAUUUCUGGUCUAAUUAGGAUUUGUAGAAAUAAAUGUAUAUCAGGAAAUCUGUAAAAUCAUGUGGGUCUGCAUUCAAAUGGACUGCAUUAUAUAGUCCAUAUGAAUGCAUAGAAAUUAGAUUUGUUCCCAUUCCAUACAACUGAAUUCAAUUGAAUUUGUAGAAAUGAUAAAUGUCAGAAAUUGGUUGUGGCUAAAGCAAGAGUUGUAGAUUCAAUUAUCUCUUUUCA